UCUCUCCUCUCCUGGUGACGCCUGUGGUGGCUGGCGGGUGGUGGUGAAAGAGGGCUGAACUCUGGAGAGUAGAGUGGCUGAGCUGUGAGGCGUUGGCUGGAGCUGAGGAGCUUUUACACACGGAUGAAACCAGUGCAGACAGAGCAGUUUUUUGGUUAAAAUAUCCUGCAGCUGAGCCUUUAGCAUCACUGGCUCAUAAACUCUUUGCUUGUUAAGGAGCACAAGAUCGAAAGGAGCAAAUGUUUCCGGUCAGACAGCCUUGGCUUUGCAAAGCCCUAGGUUGUUAUGAUUGCUGUAUCCGCUGCCUGGGGGCAGUACCCUACCCCUCCCUGGUGGCCACUCUGCUCUGCUUCACUGGCAUGGCACUGUUCUGUGGCUGCGGGCACGAGGCACUGGCCAACACUGAGGUGCUCGUCGAGACUUACUUCUCUCGUAACAAACAAGACUAUGUUAUCCUGGCCUCGUUUAUCAAGUACUUCCAGUACGUGAUCUAUGGCCUGGCCUCUUUCUUCUUCCUCUACUGCAUCCUGCUGCUGGCUGAGGGAUUCUACACCACCAGUGCCAUCAAGCAGACCUUCGGAGAGUUCCGGAGCACCAGAUGUGGCCGCUGCCUUAGUCUGACGUUCAUCAUAGUGACAUACAUCCUGGCGGUGAUCUGGCUGGCGGUGUUUGCCUUCACAGCCAUACCCGUCUUCUUCUUCUUUAAUAUGGCACAGACCUGCCACACCAUCAACAUCCUGGCUGAGACGACACCCAGCAUCAACCAGCACGGCUGGAUCUGCAUGGAUGCUCGGCAGUAUGGACUGCUGCCUUGGAAUGCAAUGCCAGGGAAAGCUUGUGGAAUGACCUUGGCAUCCAUUUGCAAAACAAAAGAGUUCUUCGUCACCUAUGACCUGUACAUCGCUGCCUUUGCUGGUGCAGGGAUCGCUCUCUUGGCUCUGUUUCUGUAUGUGGUAGCUACCACCUAUAACUAUGCAGUGCUGCGGUUCCUGGGCAGGAAAGGGCUGCGCUGUUAAAAACUGUGCCCUGUCACGUCUCCAUCACCCCAUAGACUGGGCCUGAGGGGAGCCGUUACACAUCACACUACUGAACUCCAUUCAUCCAUCCCCUCAGACACGCCUGUAGCCUGGAUCCCCUACCUACUGCUGGCUGCUUCCCUAGAGGGCUCCGCUAACUGACACAUGGUUCAUCUUGACCAUCUGAUUUAUCACUUCAACAACAAACUUGGAGAUUAAUAGAACUCCUGGUCAUCAUAACUUCAAGCCCCUCCCCCUGGUCAUCAUAACUUCGAGCCCCUCCCAUCCUCCUGCUCACCAGUCUUAUCCCCUCUGUUCUCAUUCCAGGAAGCUGACUCUCUGAUGUCUUUUGCUCAUUUUCACAUUGGAUGUAGCGUCUCUGGUUUUGGUUUGCAAAUAUUUGUUUUUAGCUUUUAUAAAGUGUCCCAGACAUUAUUGUCA